CCCAAAGUAAUCCAUGUCCGUGAGGGAGAACUCUGACUGCUCUUGGACCAUCGCGCUACCUGCAGGAUCUGUGAAAUCAGGUCGUUUUAGGAGAAAAAGCAUUUCACCAUGGCGGCAUUAGCAUUAAGAUCAGUGCUUAGAACCAAGGUCCAUCCUAAAAUUGGCCGUCUGUGCUAUUCCUCCUCCUCAGUGUCUACUGUUAAACUCUUCAUCGAUGGGAAAUUUGUAGAGUCCAAAUCCUCAGAAUGGCUUCAUAUUCACAAUCCUGCUACCAAUGAAGUGAUUGCCCGUGUUCCCAAAGCCACCCAGGAGGAGAUGUUGGCUGCUGUAGACUCCUGCUCCAGAGCCUUUCACUCUUGGUCUGAGACCUCCAUUUUGUCCCGGCAGCAGAUCUUCCUGCGCUACCAGCAGCUUAUCAAGGACAACAUUAAAGAACUCGCCAAUUCCAUCACAUUGGAGCAGGGCAAAACCCUGGCAGACGCAGAAGGAGACGUGUUCAGAGGGUUGCAGGUGGUGGAGCACGCCUGCAGCAUCACGUCUCUGAUGCUGGGAGAAACUCUGCCCUCCAUCACCAAGGACAUGGACACCUACACCUACCGUCUUCCCAUCGGUGUGUGCGCCGGCAUUACUCCCUUCAACUUCCCCGCCAUGAUCCCCCUGUGGAUGUUCCCCAUGGGGAUGGUGUGCGGCAACACGUACCUGCUGAAGCCGUCGGAGCGCGUGCCGACCUGCGCCAUGCUGCUGGCCAAAAUGCUGCAGGACGCCGGUGCUCCGGACGGGACACUGAACAUCAUACAUGGGCAGCAUGCUGCUGUGAAUUUCAUCUGUGACCACCCGGCCAUCAAGGCCAUCAGCUUCGUUGGCUCAAACCAAGCCGGGGAGUAUAUUUAUGAAAGGGGAUCUAAAAAUGGCAAAAGGGUCCAAUCCAACAUGGGUGCCAAGAACCAUGGUGUGGUGAUGCCCGAUGCCAACAAGGAGAACACUCUGAACCAGCUUGUGGGAGCGGCGUUCGGGGCAGCGGGCCAGCGCUGUAUGGCCCUGUCCACGGCCAUCCUGGUGGGCGAGGCUCGGCGCUGGCUGCCGGAGCUGGUGGAGCGUGCCAAGGCUCUGCGCGUGAACGCAGGGGACCAGCCUGGUGCGGAUGUGGGGCCCCUGAUCUCCCCGCAGGCCAGAGACAGAGUCUGCAGUCUCAUCCAGAGCGGCGUGGAUGAAGGAGCUCAACUUCUCCUCGAUGGCCGAAACGUCAAGGUCAAAGGUUAUGAGAAUGGCAACUUUGUCGGACCCACCAUCAUCAGCAACGUCACACCCGGGAUGAAGUGCUACAAGGAGGAGAUCUUCGGACCCGUCCUGAUUGUCCUCGAGGCAGACAGUCUCGACGAUGCCAUCCACCUGGUCAACAACAACCCCUACGGCAACGGCACCGCCAUCUUCACCACAAAUGGUGCCGCGGCGCGCAAAUACAGUCAUGAGGUGGACGUGGGCCAGGUUGGAGUCAAUGUGCCCAUCCCUGUGCCGCUGCCAAUGUUCUCCUUCACUGGAUCAAGAGGAUCCUUCAGAGGAGACACAAACUUCUAUGGGAAGCAGGGCAUCCAGUUCUACACGCAGAUCAAAACCAUAACCUCACAAUGGAAAGCUGAAGACGCUACUUUAAAAAGUCCUGCCGUUACCAUGCCAACAAUGGGACGCUGAAUGCCUCAUCCUACAAGUGCUUCUGAUGUAACUUCAAGUUUUCUUCCAGAAAGAAAACAAACUACAGUAUAUGUUCAUAGAUAGAUGAAUGAUGUGAAAUAACACCCAUUUUAAAGACUUUGUAUGUAAACAGUGUGCUUAGAUGCUGAAUGAAUGUCUGCAGAGCGGUGCAGAAGAGGAAACACUAAUAAAUCUUGUUGGGUCCUAAAA